ACACCCAACCAGACUUUCGGACACUCCCUGUCGAAGUCUCCGAGUCAGUGUGAUUGCAUGACAUUAUUAUUUCCCUUGUGCAACGAGGCCAGUUCUAGCAUGCGUUAUGUAAUGGGAACCUGGCAGUGCACCACAGAGAUUUCUCAAAUCCUUGCAGUGCUCCAAAUAACCAGCAGCGACAAAUUCCGGAGGCUUUGGACUUACUGUGGUCAACUUCAGCUGUCAGCUGUUCCAAUGCACUUCCACUUAACCCGGCGUUUCAUUCUCAUUGACUGAAAUCCUCUGGAAGAGAUGGCAGAGCACAAAUUGACACGGAGGCACUGCGCGGCGAAUCCACAGACACAUCCGGCCAGCCAUAGGCGCGGGACCACAGUCCGCUUCAGAACGCCUCUGAAAACUUCUCGUUAUAUGAAUCGGGAUCAACCCUGCCCCGGGUGUGGAAACCAAGCAGAAAUAAUCUUCAGUGCUUUGUGAAUUCGAGUAUUGCACAAGACACCACUCGAGGGUUGGUCUUCGAUCCCUUUUUAGAAAGUAAUUUCCAGAGAACUUGGCGAAAAAAUGCAAAUAAUUGAUUAUUUCGACUCUCUGGCUAGUAAGAGAUAAGCGGGUGCACCGAAUGCUCAAAGUUCAAGUCACGUGUUUCUUUCAAUAUAUAAAAGUGCCUUUUGAAGUGCCCUUUGCAGCCAGUUAGCGCUCGGAGUGGGAGACAACACCAACCAAGCUGGUGCAACGUGUCCAGUGCACAGCAGCUAAGCCGCUGCAAAGUCCGUGGAGCUCUGACAGUGGCACGUCAGGGAAGGAGAUGUCCGCUAUACGCUGCCGGCUGCCCUUCCUUGUCAUCUUCCUGGAAGGGAUCCUACUCGUGCUGAUUGCGCUUUUUGUGACUUAUGAUGAACACACUGAUGCUGCAGCGCACAGCAAUGAGACAGAUCACAGACAUAAUCAGCUGUAUGCCAUCUUCCCAGUCUUUCAGGACGUCCAGGUGAUGAUUUUUGUGGGCUUUGGACUCCUGAUGGGUUUCCUGAAGAAGUACGGGUACGGAGGAAUUGCCUUCAAUUUUAUGAUUGCGGUGUUUUCCGUGCAGUGGGCUCUGCUGGUGCAAGGCUGGUUCUAUCAUUUCCACGACGGCAGGAUUCACAUCGGAGUUUACAACUUACUGACCGCAGAAACCGCUUGUGCCACUGUCAUGAUCUCAUUUGGAGCCGUGCUUGGCAAGACCAGCCCAGUGCAGAUCCUCAUCCUGUCCCUGCUGGAGGUGCCCAUCUUCACUGCAACCGAGUGGAUUAUUAUGGAGCUUCUUAAAAUCAAGGAUGUCGGAGGGUCUAUAACCAUCCACUUGUUUGCUUGCUAUUUUGGUCUCAGCGUCACCACGGUGCUGUACAGACCCGGCUUAAAAGAUGGGCACAAGGACGAAGGGGCGGACUAUAACUCGGACAAGAUGGCCAUGCUGGGCACUUUGUUGCUGUGGGUCUUCUGGCCCAGCUUUAACUCGGUCUUCGCAGCGAAUGGGCACGGCCAGCACCGGGCGGUGAUCCACACCUACAUCGGUCUCAGCUCUUGUACCCUGACCACGUUCGCCAUCUCCAGCCUACUGGACAAACGGGGCAAGAUCAACAUUGCUCAUAUCCAGAAUGCUGCCCUGGCAGGCGGCGUGGCUGUGGGCUCUGCAGCCGACAUGAUGGUGACUCCAGCCGGGGCAUUCGCCCUGGGCUGCAUCGCCUCGGUGCUCUGCACCGUGGGAUUUAAAUACUUGACUCCCUUCCUGGCCAAAAAACUCAAAAUCCAAGACGUUUGCGGUAUCAAUAACUUGCACGGGAUCCCUGGCUUUGUCGGGGCUAUUGCCGGAAUUGCCACUAUCCUGUUGACAACCGAUGAGAGAUAUGGCCAUGGCUUGUAUGAUACCUUCCCGGAGCGGGUCCCGAAGGAAGGGGAUAUCAAGUUGGCCGAGUUGGUCGGGGUGCUGCCGCACCUGAAGGCUGGAGGUGGCCGCAGCGCAUGGGAACAGGCCCAGUAUCAGGCGGCAGCUAUUGGGGUCUGUUUGGGUAUCGCUGUCUUAGGAGGGACCGUCACUGGCUUCAUACUAAAACUCCCCUUUCUGGCUCAGCCCAAAGACGAGUAUUGUUUCAAUGACGACCCUUACUUUGAAGUACCCGAGGUGGAAGAGAAAGAAGAAUUUGAAUUUACCAAUAAAAACAACGCGAACAAUAACCAGCGCCUUAAACUUCCGGUUUGAUUUCAAACUACUUUAGUUGUGUGCCCGAACAUCGUUGCCUGUACAUCAGUUUCCAGGACCUGCCUGAAUUUAGACAAAAACACCUUGUGGUUAGCAUACAUUAUGCUAAUUGUCAAAUACUUUCCCAGAUAUACUUAUUAAAGAGAAGCCUUUAACAUGAAUUGAGUUGCAAAUUACUGUUUCAGGAUCGCACAACGCUCUAACUUCUUAUAAGAAUCAGGAUGUGCCCCACUCCUCCAAAAUCAUUCACAACUCCUGCACAUUCCAUGAGCUUUGCAAAUAACACAUUGCCCGGAAUGUGAAUCAGAACAUAUUUGUCACACUUGUUUUAAAAAUGAUUACUUGUAUUUUUCCACCUACAACAUUUCGGCGAAUGAGAUACAAAUUCACAAGUCUGGGGUACCUGACUGUUAACACACAGUGACAUGCUAAUCAUUAAUGUCAAUCUCUGUCUACCAGCCAGGUCAAGUCUACACAGAUGAGCCAUUCAGCCAGUACUUGUGUAAGAGUGAGUUUUUAUUUUACCUUUUUCUAAACUGCACACUAUAAGACUUUCAUGAAGAAUUUUAGAAAAGAUAAUAAUUAAAAGAAUUUUAUUUACUCUGGUUAAGGUAAUGAGUAGUUUUAAGAAAUUCAAAUAAAGUUGUUCAAACACAAUGAUCAAGAGUGUUCAGUAAUUUCCUGCUGUACAUUGUUUCCAGCAACUUUUGUUUUUACUUUAUUGACUCCAUAUCAGUUUUAUUUUCACCCAAAUCUGUACAUUUGUCAAUGUUUUCCCCCUUUCUCCCUCUUUCCCAAAUGUUAUAGUUUCAUGGGAUCCUCUGGAAUGUUUUACAACUGCACCAUCCUUAAUGUGGAAACCAGUAUAAUGAAUUUUGACAGAUUAUUUAAUGGCAUGGGGAGGGGAACUCACAUUCAUGCCAAAUCCUGUCAUCAUCUUGACGUGAAACCAUUCCACUCAUUAGGAACUCAGCCUACUCCAUCACCCCCUACUACCUCCAUCACCCCCACACCCCAUCAAAUACAUCUACUAACAAUGGCACUUAUUGCUAUGCAGCAGGAACCCUGUCCAAUUUGCCAACUUACCUUCCUGGCCAAUGGUCACUGGGAACAGGCAUAGAAGCUCACAUGACAUCUGAACAGAUAUCAGUGACUGCAGCACAGAGUGGAAUCAAAACACGUGCCUUCUUGUAUUUACAACUCAGAUUUAUAUUGCAUUUGCCAACUGAGCCAGAAAGAGGGUGCUUUCCUUCACUGCUUUAGUUUAUUUUUCAUUGGUGUCUGUUCCCAUUACGUCCUGAAUCCUUUAAUUCCAUCCUCUUAUUUUUGUGACCUUUAUUUCCUCUCUGAAGGUUGUGAACAGUUGCAGCAAAACAAGUCUAAAGUAUAGGUCAGUACAUUUGCCUACUGAUUAUGGUUGACCUUUCAUUCUUUCCUCUUAUUUCUUGAGUUAACACUGUUUUCUUUCACUGUUGCAAUUCUUCUCUGGUUUAAUUCACUAACUUAUUUCAAGUCAGCUCUUUUUCAUUUUUUCAGUUUCCAUCCACCUUACUUAACUGUCUCAACAUGUUGUUAUUUUGAUGCAACCUUUUGUAUUUUAAUGAGUACUGUAUUUUACUUGUUAUACUCCCCUACAGUACUGCUCCACCUCACAUAACUCAUUCCUAUCUCUAUAACUUUCUUGCUUUGUUUCUCAAUUUUGAAGAAGAAUCUGAAGGGCUUCUAAAGUUUUAAAAUGUUUUAAUAGUAAACCCUGCUUUUUUGUCUUAAGUUUUCCUUUUCAGAUUCUGACAUUUAUAUUUUUCUUGAACUUUUGUACUAAUUUCAAUAAUUUCAGUUCUUCUAUACAAUCAGCAGCAAAUUAAAUUUAUCUUUUACCUCUGACCCAUUUCCACUUAUCAAGGCAAUGCUCAUACUUAGGUAUAGAAAGUAGCUUUUUAGGAAGCUCUCUAGUUCCUUGCCAACUUAACUACACUUCAUUUAUCUUGAGAGAGUCUUGGUCAGCUAUUUACAGAAUCAUUGUACCUUAACUCAAAUGUCCUUUAGAUGCUUCUACACUCACAAACUAUUCAACAGGAAUCAUCCAGUUAGGAGCAGGAAUUUUGACAAUUUUUGUUUGUCUUCUUACUUAAGGGACACAGUUUAACUGUAGUACUCCCAUUGCUAUCUCAGUUGAUUUAUCAAAAUCAAGAAUUGAAACUGAGACUUCUGAGAAUUAUAUAGUUCACACCAUGCAGUUUAAUUGCAUCACAGAGAUUUAGAUAUUACACAUCUUGAAGGUGACUGUUAAACUCAAGUGCAUAAAUUAUACUUGAACUCGUGCUAGCUAUAUACACUGUGAUUUAAUUUUUUUCUACACUAUAAUUUUCCUCUUUGUAGAUUUAUUUAAUGUCAUUUAGAAUGCUAUGAUUGAUCUAGUUUAACUAUUCACAGAAGUAAUGCAUUCCACUCUAGUAAAUAUUCAUACAAAACAUUAUUCUAAUUUCUAUCCUUCUUAUCAUAGUCAUUACUAUUGACUCAUAAAUAAUAAUUUAAGAUUUUGCCUUUCAACUACUUUCAAGACUUUGAACACAUAACUUUGUUUGCUGCAAAGAGCCUAGCCCUUGUUUUCAGGUCUCCCUCAUAGUGUCUUCUUAAUUAAUCAAUUUUGUGCCUUUUCCAUGGCUUCAAGACCCUUUCACAUUUGAUUCUUUGAGCACUGUAGAAUAUUUUCUUCUGUGGACUUCUUCACAAAUCUCUUCUUAAGUCCCCUUCAAUGCUACUGUUUAUUCAAAUUCCACAUUAAAAAAAGAGUUCUAUGUGUCACAUUUGUAUUAUUCUUUACCUCAUCAUCUCAUUAUCUGCACCAAACCCCAGCCCCUGACUUGUUACCUCAAGCUAAAUUUGCUUAGUUGCUUAUUCUUUGAGCUUUGGUCCUGCUACUUUCAUUAUUGACAGCUUUCACUGCAAUCAUAAAUUUCACCCCAACUCUUCCUUCAGAUUAUUCAUUGCAUUGAGCUGUUAACAUUCACUUAACAAACAUGCCUCCCAAAUAGAGAAGCUAAUUGAGAAAAUAACCUGGGACUUAAAGUUUAAUCAGACUUCCACGGUAUGACAAUGCUGUUCUGAUUUUGCUAUAUGUUAAGGUUGAUAGUCAAUUAUAUGUGAAUAUAAUCAAAUUCCCAUUGCUUACAAAACCCAAUGUUAUUCUUAAAGAAAAAACACAUCAAGCACCAUUUUAUAUGAACCUCAGAUUAUAUUGUUUUAAUGCACAUGAACUACAGACGUUUGUAUAAAAAUGGACAUUGAAAAUGGUUUUUGGCAUAGCAUACCAGGUUCUAUGUUUUUAUACAAAUUUAUAUUAUACACGUAAGUGUUUGAUAGAAAGUUUAUGUUAUAUAUGUGUGUAUCUUAGGAGCAAAUAAAUUACAGUAAUCCCCUUUGAUGGUUCAUCCAUCGUAAUAGUGGUUUCAAGUUGUAGUAGCAGAUAAUAUCAAUUAGCAGCAUAAUAAUGAAAUACAGUUGGAUCAGAACAAGAGAUGAACAUGUGGUGCUGGAAAAGCACAGUAGGUUAGGCAGCAUCUGAGAAGCAGGAGAGUCAAAGUU